GAGUGUACAUUUUCGAUAAUCCAGACAAUCAUUUUGGCUGAUAAUAAACGAUCAUAUAUUUUCUAUCUUCGUUUAUCCUCUACAGUAACGUCAUCUAUCUAUCUUUCUUUCUCUCUCUCUCUCAAAUACACACGUACACACACUCAUAAUAUAUAUAUAUAUAUAUCACACCAAACAUAACCUCACAUACAAGUAGCGGCAGUGAAGAGGAGAAGAUAGAAACGCAUAUAACCAAACGACACUUCUCGUCGCGAUCGUCGCACGUUCCGCGUGUACGAACGAGUUAAACCGCGUGUGUUUGUAUUUAGAUGAGGAGAAUAUCUCUAAUUGUGUAGAUCGAAGUGAGAAUUAAGUCACUGUAAAGAAAAUCCAACGACGACGACGACGACGACGACGACGACGAAAGCGGCAACGACGACGAAACAUGGCAACAAACAUGAUCGCAGAACACGAGAACGAGAUUAGGGUUAGGUUGAGAAGGACAAAGAGCGUCACACAUGCCGAGGAAAUCCAAAAGGCCGAACAGCUCGUCCGAAAAUCCCAACCUGAUAAACCAUGUCAUCGGCCAAGAGACAGUCUCUUUUCAUGGAGCUCGGGUUUCGAUAACUUUACGGGAUUCGUCAAUUGGGGCUUCCUCAUGCUUGGAAUCGGUGGAAUUCGUUUGCUUCUUGAAAAUUUUAUCAAAUACGGGAUAAGAGUGGAUCCAAGGCAAUGGUUUCUAUUUCUGAGCGGCAAGUACGACGGCGGUGAAGAGCAUCCUUCGAUUUUGUUGAUCGUUUAUUCCAUCGUGCCGGUGACUCUUUGCCUGUUGAUAGAGAAGGGAAUGUCUCUGGAUAUCAUAUCUCAUGGCCCAGGAAUGGUGUUCCACAUCGUAAACCUCAUCGUGAUGGUACUGAUGCCGAUGGUGGUCAUCCACGUGAAGGAUUCCGGAUUCAGCCUGAUUGGUGCCAUGUAUGUCUGUACUCUCUAUGCCAUUCUAUUCUUGAAGCUUUGGUCGUACAUACAAGUGAACAUGUGGUGUCGCAUUAGCCGUAGAAAAACAUCAAGCCAAGGUAGAAUGCGCCGACAAUCCUUGUCUUAUAAUAAUCUUCAAUCAACGAACAUGAAGCAAAACGGUGUGGAAAGCGACGACAUCGGGCACGAAGUGAACGGUUGUGGCACGGCAUUGGUGCAAUAUCCAGACAACCUGAAUUUCGGCGACCUUUAUUAUUACAUCCUGGCACCCACCCUCUGCUACGAAUUAAAUUUCCCUAGGACCCAGAGAAUACGAAAAAGGUUUUUGAUAAAGCGCAUCUUGGAAGUCGUCGUUGGCUGUCAAGUUGUCAUGUCACUGUUCCAGCAAUGGAUGAUUCCUUCGGUGAAGAAUUCACUUAUACCAUUCAGUAACAUGGACGUUGCCAAGGCCUCUGAACGUCUUCUCAAAUUGGCUAUACCGAAUCAUUUGAUGUGGCUAUGCUUCUUCUAUCUGAUAUUUCACUCGUAUUUAAAUUUGAUGGGCGAAUUAUUACACUUCGCCGAUCGAAAUUUUUAUUGCGAUUGGUGGAAUUCGAAUAAUAUCGAUACGUUUUGGAGAAGUUGGAAUAUGCUGGUACAUAGAUGGGCCGUAAGGCAUCUUUAUAUACCGGUCGUCGAGAUGGGUUAUAGCAAGACGACGGCAUCGAUUACGGUCUUUUUCAUAAGCGCAUUCUUUCAUGAAUAUCUUGUCAGUGUACCAUUGAAAACAUUUAAAAUUUGGGCAUUCAUGGGUAUGAUGCUUCAAAUGCCGUUGUCCGCGUUGAGCAAGCUGGUAGAGAGACAUUGGGGCGCCAGGUGGGGUAACAUCGUCGUUUGGUCGAGUCUCAUCAUUGGACAACCCCUUUGCAUUCUGAUGUACUAUCACGACUAUGUGGUUACUCAUUUUGGGGAGACACUGCUCGAGGAUUACUCGAUCGUAUAAAAGGAGUAUAAUUUAUGAAUUGAAAAUAUCAAUAAUGAGAAAGAAAAAGAGAGAGUGAGAGAGAGAGAGAGAGAGAGAGAGA